AUGUUCUUGAGCGCCUGCACGGGGGCGAGAGAGAGCAGAGUGGUCCUGGGUCUGGAGCUCCACAGGGGGGUGAGAGAGAGCAGAGUGGUCCUGGGUCUGGAGCUCCACAGGGGGGUGAGAGAGAGCAGAGUGGUCCUGGGUCUGGAGCUCCACAGGGGGGUGAGAGAGAGCAGAGUGGUCCCGGGUCUGGAGCCCCACAGGGGGGGUGAGAGAGAGCAGAGUCCUGGGUCUGGAGCUCCACAGGGGGGGGUGAGAGAGAGCAGAGUGGUCCCGGGUCUGGAGCUCCACAGGGGGGUGAGAGAGAGCAGAGUCCUGGGUCUGGAGCUCCACAGGAGGGUGAGAGAGAGCAGAGUGGUCCUGGGUCUGGAGCUCCACAGGGGGGUGAGAGAGAGCAGAGUGGUCCUGGGUCUGGAGCUCCACAGGGGGGUGAGAGAGAGCAGAGUGGUCCUGGGUCUGGAGCUCCACAGGGGGCGAGAGAGAGCAGAGUGGUCCUGGGUCUGGAGCUCCACAGGGGGCGAGAGAGAGCAGAGUGGUCCUGGGUCUGGAGCUCCACAGGGGGGUGAGAGAGAGCAGAGUCCUGGGUCUGGAGCUCCACAGGGGGGUGAGAGAGAGCAGAGUGGUCCUGGGUCUGGAGCUCCACAGGGGGCGAGAGAGAGCAGAGUGGUCCUGGGUCUGGAGCUCCACAGGGGUGAGAGAGAGCAGAGUGGUCCUGGGUCUGGAGCUCCACAGGAGGGUGAGAGAGAGCAGAGUCCUGGGUCUGGAGCUCCACAGGGGGGUGAGAGAGAGCAGAGUGGUCCUGGGUCUGGAGCUCCACAGGGGGCGAGAGAGAGCAGAGUCCUGGGUCUGGAGCUCCACAGGAGGGUGAGAGAGAGCAGAGUGGUCCUGGGUCUGGAGCUCCACAGGGGGGUGAGAGAGAGCAGAGUCCUGGGUCUGGAGCUCCACAGGGGGGCGAGAGAGAGCAGAGUCCUGGGUCUGGAGCUCCACAGGAGGGUGAGAGAGAGCAGAGUGGUCCCGGGUCUGGAGCUCCACAGGGGGUGA